AUGGCUGCAAAGAGGCACAUCAUUACUUCUACCUGGACUCCCCCAGCUCCUACCAGGCAGCCCUCCUGCGCGAGGCCUCCACGCGGCCCCGCCCAAAAGCCCCCUCCCCAAGGGAGUGAGGGAAGGCGCGCGCGCGUCCCCUCUCCCUCGCGCCCCUAUGGGGCUCGCCCGGCCUUCCGGGGCUCGAAAGCCGUUUUUUGUGAGUCUGGUCGCUUAGCAACCUGGUGCGCGGCCGAGACGGGGCGGCGGCGGCGGCAGCAGCAGCAGCAGGCGGCGGCGCUUCGGAUGUAUGCUGUCAAUAGCAGGACCUCAUUGUAUAUUGAAGAUAGGGAAAUUAUCAUUGCCUCCUGUUCCAUGAUGCAAAAGAAAUGUUUCAAGGGGAGUUCCUACAAACAAGAGUCUGUAGCACUUACUGCUGUGGCAUUACAAGAUCACAUUUUACAUGAUCUUCAACUGCAAAACCUUUCAUUAGCAGAUCCUUUAAAGUCAAAGACAUGGAGUAAAAAACAUAAGUACAGACCUGUAAACAAAGGGACAAUCAGAGCAGUCACAGAUACUGGAUUAAAAAAACGAAACAAACAAACGAACAACCAAAACAACCCAAAAGAUGAAGAUCCAGAAAAAGAAUAUGUUCUUGAUCCAAGUCCUCAGCCUCUGACUUUAGCUCAGAAACUUGGAUUGGUGGAGCUUCCUGCCAUGCCGUUAACUCUGGAGGAAUGGGAACAUGUGAAGCAACGAUCCAUAAAACAAGGAGAUUCUGUUCAGCCUUGUGCUAUAUGCAAAGAAGAAUUUGCACUUCAGCCACAGGUGUUGCUCUCUUGUUCUCAUGUGUUUCACAGGGCAUGCCUGAAGGCUUUUGAAAGAUUUGCAGCUAAAAAGAGCUGUCCAAUGUGUAGAAAGAUCCAGUAUCAAACACGAGUAAUUCAUGAUGGAGCCCGCCUUUUUAAAAUAAAGUGUGCUACAAGAAUUCAAGCUUGCUGGAGGGGACAUAUUGUUAGAAAAUGGUACAAAGAUCUGAGAAAAACAGUGCCUCCCAAAGAUGCGAGAUUAAGAAAAAAAUUCUUUGAAGACAAGCUUACAGAGAUCUGCCAGCGGUUAUUGAAUUCCUAUGAUACUUGCAUUGAUGAAUUCUUCUUUGAGAUCGAUUCUACUGUAGCUGCAAGUCAAGAAGUAUUUCAGCGAUUAGAAAAAAGGUUGGGCCCAGAGAUACAUGAAGUUGAGUGGGAAAAGAUUCAGAUUCAGGCAUUCCGACAAGAUAUUGUUGAUUGUCCCAUUUGCAUUAUGCCACUCAUCCAGCCUGCUCAACUCCAAGAUGGAUUUUCCCAAGAUGGCUACCAGUCAGGUCCCCGUCAGACAGUGCUGCUCUCCUGUUCUCACGUGUUCCAUAGUAUCUGUCUUCAAGCAUUUGAAGAGUUUUCUUUAGGAGAAAGACCUGUAUGUCCUUUAUGCCGUUCCUGUUAUCAAAAGAAAAUACUCAACUAACAAUUUUAACAUAAAUCACGAAUAUAUGUGUAAGAAACCUUGGUAGAAAUAAUUUAUCUAAAAAUGCUUCAAUUUGCAUUUCAGCAAGAGGUGCUGCACAAAUUAAUUUUUUCUGAUGAGCGCAUUUAUGCGUAAACCUAGGGAGUGCUGUCACUAAUCUAGAGAUAUUCAAGCCAUUAAGAUCGAAGGUAGGAUUCCGGUUCUCUUCUGUGCCGCUUCAAUUGAAUGAGGUAGUCCUGCAGAUGCCAGUGUUAACAGUGGAUUGAAAUAAAGGGAGAAAAGCUCCAGGUCCCUGGGGAAACAUGAAUCAAUUGCAGCAAACCAGUUCUUCAUAUAACAUUCUGUAAGCUGAAUGUCUCAUAUUCCCUCUUCAGUCUGUCAGGCUUCUCUUGACCAAAAAGAGGACUUUGUAUAUACCUAUUAGCCAAAGACAGCAGAAAGAACAAUUGAUGCUUUGGCUACUCCUGAAUUCUCACUAGGCCUCCCUUUGCAAAGUACAAUGCUUUGCAACGGCUUGGGAUUCUAGUAAGUUUUCUGAUGGGAAAUCGUUAUUUAUUGGCGACUAAUGUUCCUCAUAAGGGUAUUUGUAGCUAUGCAUGUAGAAUGUGUCCCUGCAAGCCACAGAUGAGAUUUUUCUGUAAAGUUCUUGACUGUAAUACCGCCCUCUCCACUCACUGUACAUUUUAAUACACUGUUUGAGGAAGUAGGAAGAGUGUGUUCCUGUUUGUUCUAUGCAACAACUAAAGAACGUAACUGAUAGCAUUCAAAAUAACUGAUUUUGGAAAUGAAA